GAAUACACUCCAAAAGUCCAAAUCUCUCUCUUUCUCCCUUUCCCCACUCUCUCAAAAUAGCCUAUCAUUUUCUUCAUCAAACCAAAAAAAUCAACCCCCCCCAAAAAAAUGCACAUGCUCUUCAUUCUCCUUCUUCUUCUCAGCAGCUCCUCUCUUUCCGUUACUGGAAAUGCAGAGCUGAGAGCGCUGAUGGAGAUAAAGGCCUCAUUGGAUCCAGGAAACAAGCGGUUGUCGUCGUGGACGGCCGACGGCGACCCUUGCGGCGGCGCAUUCGAGGGAGUCGCCUGCAACGAGCACCGCAAGGUCGCCAACAUCUCUCUUCAGGGGAAAGGCCUCGCCGGAAAGGUGCCGGCGGCUCUGUCGGAGCUCAAGUGCUUGUCCGGUCUCUACCUCCAUUACAAUUCCCUCACCGGCCAAAUUCCGCCGGAGAUUGCUAACCUCACCGAGCUCACCGAUCUCUAUCUCAACGUCAAUCACUUAACUGGCCAAAUUCCGCCUCAGAUCGGAAGCAUGGCUUCUCUUCAAGUGGUGCAGCUGUGCUGCAACAAUCUGACCGGAAACAUACCCGCGGAGAUGGGGCUGUUGAAAAAGUUAAGCGUGCUUGCGCUGGAGAAUAACGGAAUCACAGGGCAGAUCCCUUCCAGCUUGGGAAAUUUGGGGAUGUUGAAGAGAUUGUAUUUGAACUCCAAUCGUCUCUCCGGCCCAGUCCCGAUCCCAUUAGCGAAUCUCGUUUCGUUACAAGUGCUUGAUGUUCGAAACAACACUCUCUCUGGAGCUGUCCCUCUUGCUCUGAGACAUUUGAAUGAAGAAUUUCGUUUCGAAAACAAUCCUGGCUUGUGCGGCUCGGGUUUCCCUUCUCUUCGAGCUUGCACUGCUUGGGACAACGCGAACCAGGCGAGCACGGUCCCUGCAGCGAGCAUACCGCGGUCAGCGCCUCUCCCGUUGAACUGCUCGCACUGCUCUGGCUCCUCGUCGCGUCUCCCACAGAUAGGCAUUGUUGGAGGAGCCAUUGCAGUGACCCUCGCCUUAACCGUGGUGGCAUUGCUCUGCGCUGUGAAAUAUCGUCGUGCAAAGCAGAAAGUCAGCCACAAAUCAGAGACCUCCGAAGAUCAGUUGCACAAGGUUAUGAGCCAUCCCUCGCCUCGAGAAUAUGGCCAUGAGGAGGCAUCUCCUUGUAGCAAGUUCAAUCUUGAAGAGGUGGAAUCAGCUACACAUCAUUUCUCGGAGGCGAAUCUGCUGGGGAGGAGCAAGUUCUCCGCGGUCUACAGGGGAACGCUCAAGGAUGGAGUGGUUGUGGCGAUCAAGAGCAUCAGCAAGUCGAGCUGCAAGACGGAUGAGGACGAGUUCUUCAAGGGGAUGAGCUUGCUCAGCUCUCUUAACCAUGAGAAUGUUGUCAAGUUGAAGGGCUAUUGCUCUUCCAAGGCUAGAGGGGAAUGCUUCUUGAUAUAUGAAUUCGUGCCGGGAGGGAACCUGUCUCACUAUCUUGAUGGGGAAGAUGAUCAUGCCAUCCUUGAUUGGCCAACAAGAGUCUCAAUCAUCCAUGGCAUUGCAAAAGGUAUGGAGUAUUUGCAUAGAAAUGAGUGGAACAAGGGUGGAAUCAUCCACCAAAACAUAUCAGUGGAGAAAGUGGUGUUGGACGAGCAGAUGAGGCCUUUGAUUGUGGACUGCGGCCUUCUGAAACUGCUGGCCGACGACGUGGUCUACUCGGCGCUGAAAGUGAGUGCGGCGCUGGGGUACAUGGCGCCAGAGUACAUAAGCACGGGGCGGUUCACAGAGAAGAGCGACGUCUAUGCCUACGGUGUCAUCAUCCUCCAGGUGCUCUCCGGCAAGACAGUCCUCUCCACGGCCGUGAGAGCGGCAGCAGAAUCCGGGAACGUGGGAGAGCUGAUGGACAUGAAACUUGAGGGGAAGUAUAGUGAAAGUGAGGGCGCUGGGCUCACAAAAUUGGCUUUGGAUUGCACCAAUGAUGAUCCACUAAGUAGACCAACAAUGGAAUGGGUUGUGAGAGAGCUGUCUUCAUUGUUAGUUGAGAGCAUCUCUAAUGUGUAAAUUAUGCUUCAGAGGAGCUAGUAUGAAAUAUAGAACUAAUGUGAUUGAGAAUAAUUCCUAAAUAUGGCAUUACAAAGCUUUGACUUCA